AAAAGACGACUGUGAGUCAUUGACUCAUUCCUGAGGGUUUUAGGGGUUUAAGCGGGCGGUGGAGCGACGAACGAUUCCGCCUCAACGAACAUAGCGACAUUAACACUGUAAGCUUCGAAUCCGAUUACUCCUUCGGCAUUGACUAGGAUGUCAACUUCGGAAUCGAAACUCCAAGACGCAGAAUCGAACGCCGCCGCCGCCACUAAAACACCGGAAGAUCAACAACAAUUGGGCGCCCCAAAUCACUCUGAGGAAAAAUCGCCCGAGGAAUCAGGUCAAUCAGGAAAGAUUUCCGGAAGUGGAGGUGAAGAUGAAGGAGGAGAGGAUCUAGACGAGGAAGAGGAGGGGGAGUGUGGGUUUUGCUUGUUUAUGAAAGGGGGUGGUUGCAGAGAUAGCUUCGUAGAAUGGGAGAAAUGCAUUGAGGAGGCGGAGAAGAACAAGGAGGAUAUUGUGGAGAAGUGUUUUGAAGUCACUGGGGCUUUGAAGAAAUGUAUGGAGGCUCAUGCGGAUUAUUACGAGCCGAUUCUGAAGGCGGAGAAAAUGGCAGAAAACGAGGCGAUUAUCGAAUUGGAGAAGGAAUCAACUCCAAAUGCUACCCAGCAACAUACGGAUUCCAUAGACCUGGAGGUGAUUGCAGGUACCGAGAAUUUGGAAGAACAGAAGGCCUCUGCUGCUGCUGCACACUGAAGCUAGGGGCUAUAUUCUUGAGGCCCAUCUUAUGCUACUUUUAAGGAUGGUUUGAGAUGAAUGGUGAGAUAAGGUUCUUUAUCACUGAACAGAUCGCUUUCAAUUGCUAAUGUCUGGUUGUUGCAUGUUAUUGUGUGCGUGUGAAAACCCGGUUAUCAUUUCAGCUGCAGAACCCACAUGUUGAAGCUGAUUCCUCUUUAAGCUCCUCAUGAGUGCAUAAAUUUGGUAUUAUUGAGCUCGAGAGAACAUAAUCUCUACUAGUAAGGCUGAUCACUCUUUAGGCUUCUUACAGGGAAGAGUGCUAGUAGCAUAUCUCUUUAUUUCCAUUUCCAGUUUCUAAAGCUUAACCUUUCCUUGUUCAAUUAGUGCAAUUCUGUUUGAAUA